CAACUUUUUAUUAAAAAGACUAUUACAAUAAUGUUUUAGUAUAAAGCAACUAUCCAAUUACUGAAUAUCUUUCAUUUAUUUAAGUAUAUGUUUCAUUUGCAAUGAAAUUUUGGUAUAUUGGGUUACCACUGCACUAAGAAGAAUCCAAGGCAUGGGCGCAGUGGCUCACACCUGUAAUCCCAGUAUUUUGAGAGGCCCAGGUGGGCAGAUUACCUGAGGUCAGGAGUUUGAGACCAGCCUGGCCAACAUGGUGAAACCCCAUCUCUACUAAAAAUACAAAAAAAUUAGCUGGACUUAGUGGUGCACGCCUUUAAUCCCAGCUACUUGGGAGGCUGAGGCUGGAGAAUCUCUUGAACGUGAGAGGCGGAGGUUGCAGUGGGCCAAGAAUGCGCCAUUGCACUUCAGACUGGGGGGGCUGAGUGAGACUCCAUCUCAAAAAUAAAAUAAAAUCCAAAUAUUUCACAUUGCAUCAGGAUAAUUAUAAUCUCUCCAACCUCUGCUUCUCUUUGUUGCCUGCCCAAAGACAGCAGACUUGGAAGUCAGAUAAUCCUAGAUUCCAGGGCUCAUUCCGAUGCUCACCAGCUAGUUUGCUUGAGCAACCCAGCAAGCCUUAGGCAAUGCAUCUUGGAGCCAUCUUCCUGGGAGACCCUGGGCUUCUGUCCCUCAGUGGCGAAGGGCCACCCAGUGUCAGCUCUCCCACACUUCUAGUGUGUAUGUGUUUGAGCACAGAGUCAUUCCGUGUGUAUACCCAGGGCCAGAUUUGAGGCUCUGUCCAAUUGCAUUGGAAUGAAGUUGAUGGAUGCCCACAUGAAAUCAGCUGCCUCGGCAGGGGCUCAAGUAGAAGUGAGUCAGAGCUUUCCAGCACAGCAUGGAUGGUGAGAGAAAUGAGUGAACAAGUACAGAUUGUUAAAGAGUUUAGAUACAAAUAGUAUAGCAACAUCCUGAGAAUAAGAGUGGAAGGAAAGAUGUUUAACUUUUAGAAUAUGCAUUGGGUAUCUCUUCUUCUCAUUUAUUCAGACUAAUUGCACUGUUGUAUCAUUUCCCAGUUGUUUGGCGUAGACUAAUUUAAUUUGUCCAUUUUUAUAUUGUCAGAUACUCAAAGACAGGGACAGGUCUUUUUAUCUCCUAUCUACCCCCACCCGUGAGGAGCCAGCACAGGACCAUCUGUGUACAUUUGGUAUUGAGCAAAUAUAUUUGUGCUGUAUCUUCUCUCUGAACCCCUUAGCACUAUCCCAAGAUACAAUCCAAGUUCUUGAAAUUCUAUCAAAUGCACAAACUAUGUAAUAGAAGGAAAAUACCUCAGUUGUGAAAUACCCUAAUAAUUUUCCAUGUUUAUUCUGGAAAUGUGGGAUCAUACUAAUUAGCAUACUUUUUCUUACUAAACUCUUUUAAUAUUACUAAAUGUAUAGCUUGGCCAGCAUCCUUAAACACACACAAAUCAGCUCAUCUUAACUAUGCCAACUCCAUGUUUUAUUGAGAGCCUCAAAAGUGUCCCUUAAAAAAGUAUUCAAACUAUCAGUUAUCAAGUAAAUUUGAGGAAGAGCAAACCCUGUUUUCCUUUCUCUAAGCGUCAGACACAUAUAGGCCAUAGUGUGUCUGAAAUGGAGAAAAUAAUACAUAGUAUUGUGUUUAGAUUUCUGCGGACCCAGCAUUAUAGUUUUCAAUGUGUGCUUAUUCACAGCAUCUUAUUUUAUCUCAAAAGAUCACUCCUGCUCCAAAGAGACAUUUGCUAAAUAUUCAUAAAAUUUCAUAACAUUUCUUAAUGUACAGUUUCUGAAUGUUCUCUUGAAACUAAAUUAGACAUUGGAGAAAUAGGACUUUUUAUUUUUAAUUUCAAAACUGUAUUAACUGUAACUAUACUAACGAAGAAAAAUGACCUUAAAACAAACAUAUCUAGUGAGAGCAGCCAUGCUUUUUCAUACUGAGAUACAUUUGACAAAUAUGAAAUGUUUCCAAAUCUCUUUGAGGAGAGGGAACAAGAAUAUAAAAUGCACCAUCUUAGAUUAUUUAAAAAUAUUAAUACAGUUUGUAACAUUCAAAGAGGCAAGAGAAAAAUAUUCCUUCUUGAAAAAUCAUUUCUGAAAGAGUCUCUGAAGAUUUGUGAAGAAUUUCAUUGCAGUAUUUGAAGGAAUUGUUGAGAUGACUGUUCGUAGCUGGAUGAUUGCCAGUGGAGCAUCAUUCUGCUCCAAAUAAAAUUCUGUCCAAAAUCUGCUCAAAUUUUAAGAUUUGUGUCCCUAAAAUCUCAGUCCAUCACAGUCAUUCAGUCAGUAAAAGGGUUGAUAUGCUGAUCUGUUUAUAAACUAUUUAUAUGACUGCAACAGAGAAAUGCAUCCGUUUGAGUUCCCUGUCACUGCAUGGCAAAUUAUCCCAACACACAGCAGCUGAACACAAGCGACAUGUAUCAUCCCAGCUUCUGCUGGUCAGAAAUCUGGACUCAAGUGAGCAGGAUCCUUGCAUUCAACGUCUUCUCUAAAGAAGGCUGCUGUCAAGGUGACAUCCUGGCUGCAAUUGCUUCUCAGAGUCACCUGGGGAGGGGUCUGCUUCCAAGGUCACCGUGUGGGUGUCAACAGGGCCCAGAUCCCAACCUUAGAGAUGGGCUCUGCUCAGUCCCAGGAGAAGAUGGUUUGCUGCUGAGCUUUUCAUAGGCAGGAGCUAGAAGCAGUUUUCACAUUUGAUAGGUUUCUACUCUUUUCCUGCCAUCAUAGUGAGUUAAUAGCACACAUUUUGCUCUCUAAGGGACUGAAAUUUAUAAUCCAUGUAAAGCUUGAAGAACACCCUAAUGUGGAUAAUCCUGGUCAAGCCUGUUUGGUUGAGGUGAACCCCAACUACAUUCCAGAAUCUUCUGUGCACCCAUCAUGUCAAGUUACCCUUUAUCUAUAGCUUAAUUAAUUAAAAAAAAAUAACUUGAGAUUUUACAGAUGUAAUGUAAGGGAUUGAGCUAUAAAUUAUUGAACCCAUACUGUGGACUGAACUAUAACUGCUACAAAUCAAUUCAGGUAUCCUGAGUAUAUUAGUUUCUUUUUUGAUGGUGUCUCCUGGGCUGGAAUGCAGUGGCAUAAUCUCAGCUCACUGCAACCUUCUUCUCCCAAGUUCAAGAGAUUCUCCCAUCUCAACCUAAGAUUACAGGCACCUGCCACCACAUGUGGCAAACUUCUUUUUUUUUUUUGGUAGAGACAGGGUUUCACCUAUUGGCCCAGCUGGUCUCAAACUACUUACCUCAGGUGAUCCACCCACCUCUGCUUCCCAAAAUGCUGGGAUUACAGGAGUGAACCACUGCACCCAGCCAAUUCUGAGUCUAUGAGUUUCUAUGUUGCAGGAAAUGUAGCUAGUGUUAUAAUACGGUCCUGAUUUUUACUGCCACCCCUUCUUCAUUUCAAGAAGGGAUGAAAUCUUUGUCCAGGAGUGGCAGUGGCUAAGGGAAUUGUGUUUCCUGAUUCUCAUGCUCUUGGGCUGGUUCUUUCUACAGUGUCUACAGAGCCUUUCCUGGGCCCACCUCUGGGAACCAGUUGGUGCAAGUGUUUUCUGCGGGGACGAAGGCCUUGCACAUUCCCAUUUAUCAGGGUGGCUAGCAGAAUCACAGGGAAUUCUGUCUCCCUCUGCGGUGGCUUCAGGGGGCAAACUGAAGAGCAGAGCCUGUGUGUGGCUUUUCUACUGCCGCCUGCUGUCCUUCCUGCUGUCCAGUAGCUGCUGCCGCAGUAGGAGGUGAGUCUCACCUUCAGCAGGUCUCUCUCCUGCUCUCUGAGAAGGCGGUGGAUGAAGAGCCGGCCCACCGAGGCCAGAAGCUGCCCUGCACUUCCCGGAAGUGCUUCCUGCACCUGUCAGCAUCACUUCAAGCCCUUUAUCCCGGGGUGAUCCACAUGGUUUUGUCAGCACCCUGACAUGUUACUCUUGGCGAAUAUAAGGCCAGCCUCUCUGUGACUCUUACUACAUGAGAUUAUCAAAAAUGGUCAUCACUGAUUUUUGAAAUGUGUGUUUUCACAUAGCUCUCAGCACAGUGCAUGCAGUUUCACAAUACUGUGAAAAUCAAAUAAUAGAUCCACGUUCUUGGGAAACUGUUGAAAGGCUGAGCCCGUAUAAGCAGCGCAAGAUGCUACUGCUGUGGGCUCCUGUCCCUCGCAGACUGUGAGCUCCUGCUGUGAAUCUCACCAGCAGCCUCAGAGGAAAUCGAGUCUUUCUGUCUUUGUUGUUUUCCAUCUGUUUUUGAAAUUACAGGUUUUUAGGGAUUUUUGUUUUGUUGUUGCAUUGCCCUAACACAGAACUGGCUCAAAACUAACAAUUAUUUUCUUGGUUUUUUUUUUUAUUUAUAUUUUUAUUCAAGUUUUGGAGCUAAAUUUAGAAGCACAAACUUAGGCAUAAAAAAAAUGUAGCCCAAACAAUGGUUCUUUUCUCAACAAAAUGCAAACUUUGUUAAGGUAAUGCUGUGUGUGUACGUGUGUAUGUGUGUGGUGUGUGUGUGUGUGGCAUGUGUGUAGGCAUGGUGUAGUGCGUGUAUGUGGUGUGUGUGGUGUGUGUGGUAUGUGUGUGUUGUAUGUGGUUGUGUGUGGUGUGUAUGUGUUUAUGUGCAUGGUAUGUAGGGGUGUGUAUGGUGUGUGUGGUAUGUUUGUGGUGUGUGUGUGUAUAUGUGUGGUGUGCAUAUGUGUGUGGGGAGUAUGUGUGGUAUGUGUGGUGUGGGUAUGUGUGUGUGGUGUGUGUGUUUAUGUGGUGUGUGUGGUAUGUGUGUGUUGUGCAUGUUGUGUGUAUAUGUGUAUGGUGUGAGGGUGUGUGGUAUGUGUGUGUGGUGUGUGUAUGUGUGUGGUGUGUUUAUGUGGUGUGCGUGGUGUUUGGGUGCGUGGUGUGUAUGUGGUGUGUGGGGGUGUGUGAAUAUGUGUGUGUGUUUAUGUGGUGUGUGGCAUGGGUGUGUGUGUGGGUGUGUGUGCAUGUGGUGUGUGUGUUUAUGUGGUAUGUGGUGUGUAUGUGUGUGUGGUGUGUGUAUUUAUGUGGUGUGUGGGGUGUGUGUGGUGUAUUUAUGUGGUGUGUGGGGUGUGUGUGUGGAGUGUGUGUGGUGUGUGUGUUUAUGUGGUAUGUGGUGUGUAUGUGUGUGUGGUGUGUGUAUUUAUGUGGUGUGUGGGGUGUGUGGUGUAUUUAUGUGGUGUGUGGCAUGGGUGUGUGUGUGGGUGUGUGUGCAUGUGGUGUGUGUGUGCAUGUGGUAUGUGCUGUGUAUGUGUGUGUGGUGUGUGUAUUUAUGUGGUGUGUGGGGUGUGUGUGGUGUAUUUAUGUGGUGUGUGGGGUGUGUGUGUGGAGUGUGUGUGGUGUGUGUGUUUAUGUGGUAUGUGGUGUGUAUGUGUGUGUGGUGUGUGUAUUUAUGUGGUGUGUGGGGUGUGUGUGUUUAUGUGCAUGGUAUGUAGGGGUGUGUAUGGUAUGUGUGGUAUGUGUGUGGUGUGUGUGUGUAUAUGUGUGGUGUGUAUGUGUGUGGGGAGUAUGUGUGGUAUGUGUAUGUGUGUGGUAUGUGUGGUGUGUGUGUUUAUGUGGUGUGUGUGGUAUGUGUGUGUUGUGCAUGUUGUGUGUAUAUGUGUAUGGUGUGAGGGUGUGUGGUAUGUGUGUGUGGUGUGUGUAUGUGUGUGGUGUGUGUGGUGUGUUUAUGUGGUAUGUGUGUUUAUGUGAUGUGCAUGGUGUUUGUGUGUGGUGUGUAUGUGGUGUGUGGGGUGUGUGUAUGUGUGUGGUGUGUGUUUUUAUGUGGUGUGUUGCAUGGGUGUGUGUGUGGGUGUGUGUGCGUCUGGUGUGUGUGUUUAUGUGGUAUGUGGUGUGAAUGUGUGUGUGGUGUGUGUAUGUAGUGUGGAGUGUGUGUGGUGUAUUUAUGUGGUGUGUGGGGUGUGUGUGUGUGGUGUGGCUAUGUGGUGUGGGUGUGUGUGGAGUGUGUGUGUGGUGUGUGUGUUUAUGUGGUAUGUGGUGUAUAUGUGUGUAUGGUGUGUGGGGUGUGUGUGUGGUGUGGGUGUGUGUGGAGUGUGUGUGUGGUGUGUGUGUUUAUGUAGUAUGUGGUGUGUAUGUGUGUAUGGUGUGUGUAUUUAUGUGGUGUGUGGGUUUGUGGGGGGGUGUGUGUGUGGAGUGUGUGUGUAUGUGGUAUGUGUGGAGUGUGUGUGGUGUGUGUGUUUAUGUGGUAUGUGGUGUGUGGGAUGUGUGUGUGGUGUGGGUAUGUGGUGUGAGUGUUUAUGUGGUAUGUGGGUUUGUGGGUGUGGGUGUGUGUGUGGAGUGUGUGUGUGGUGUGUGUGUUUAUGUGGUAUGUGGUGUGUAUGUGUGUAUGGUGUGUAGGGUGUGGGUGUGCGUGGAGUGUGUGGUGUGUGUGUUUAUGUGGUAUGUGGUGUGUAUGUGUGUAUGGUGUGUGUAUUUAUGUGCUGUGUGGGGUGUGUGUGUGUUUAUGUGGUAUGUGGGUUUGUGGUUGUGUGUGUGUGUGGAGUCUGUGUGUAUGUGGUGUGUGUGGAGUGUGUGUGUGGUGUGUGUGUUUAUGUGGUAUGUAGUGUGUGUGUGGUGUUUGUGUGUGGUGUGGGUAUGUGGUGUGAGUGUUUAUGUGGUAUGUGGGUUUGUGGGUGUGUGUGUGUGUGUGGAGUGUGUGUGUAUGUGGUGUGUGUGGUGUGUGUGUUUAUGUGGUAUGUAGUGUGUGGGGGGUGUGUGUGUGUGGUGUGAGUAUGUGGUGUGAGUGUUUAUGUGGUAUGUGGGUUUGUGGGUGUGGAUGUGUGUGUGGAGUGUGUGUGUGGGUGGUGUGUGUGUGUGUGUGUAUGUGUGUGUGUUGUUCUGGCUAGCGGGGGAACUAGAGGAUUUUACUUACCUGCAGCAUUCCUGCGGGUCUGCAGGUUUCAGGAUCGAUUCUUUUGUGUAUAGUUUCUGCAGAGCACGUGAAAUAUUUAUGUGUCUCAUGGAGGGUUACAAAAAGAGGCCUUUGAGCACAGCCCCAGGCAGGGGAAGGCCCAAUGAGUCCAUGGCUUGCCAUUGAAGGGUUUGUAGUAAGUGGCAGUUUGUGUCUGUGAUUUGUGGAACACAGAAAACACCUCACUUAGCACCGCCCCACACCGGGACACCGCUUUGAGUCACCUUCUGAUUGGUCUUCCUGCUUCUCCCACACCCCCGUCUGCUGGUCUGCACAGCGCAGCCAUGGUGAUCUCUGACAGGUAAAUCAGGUCACAUCUCUGUCUGCUCCUACCACGAUAUCAUAGUGACGGAGGCUCACUCCCUGCAGAGAGCAGGCCAUGGGACCUGAUCCCACACUCCACACCCCACUCUGCCCAACCACGAUGACCUUCCUGUGUAACUCAGGCCUGCCGAGCCCCUUCCAAAUUCAGGGCCUUUGAACUCAUGGUGUCCUCUCCCCCCGCAGAACAUCCACACCUACAGGAAAACACACGUGCCUUUCUUAGUAGAAAGGGAGGAAAUCGCUGAAAAUGUAGGUGGCUUUGUUUGUAGGCCAACUGAAAGCAUCCCCGAGUUCCUUUCCAUGCAUUCGUAAAUUGUUCCCCCCAAAUGUUGAGAUACGGUCACGUGUUGAGAGCGACGGUGGAGGAGCGGGUUUGAGGGAGUGUGGUCUGGAGACAGAAUACACGGCUGGUCUCAGCAGGCCGGGCACAGCCCCGUGGAUGGAUGUGCAGGAAAUAGGGUUCUUGGAGGAGGAGGCUGCUUGCUGUCCCCCACGAGUAUUCAGCGCCCACGGCCUGCACGGAGUCCCUGGUGGUUGUCCCCUGGGGCUAGGAAUUUGGCAAGUAAGAGAGAUCGGGUAUUUUCCGAGGAGUGGUGAUUGCCACAGGCCUCAGAAACACUGGGUCUGGGAAGAGUGAAGCCAGGAAGAGCGAAGCCAGGAAGAGCCAGAGGAAGAAAAUGGUGGAGUUGAUGUUAGCAGUGUUGAGUUGGGUCGGCAGUACAAGGUGGUGGGGUAACUUGUGCAAAGGCAGUAGAAGCACGGAGUGGGGAUGUGAGAAGGUAAGUGCAGCUAGGUCCUUGUGAUGAUGGGAUUCGUAGGAGAAAUGGAAAGACGAACGACAGUUUGAACAAAGCAUGGUUUGGGAAGGAUGACCCGGAAGACACUCGGUGGUGCUGUAGGAGAGGGGCAGAGAGCCUUAGAGGCCCCAGGGAUUCACAGGGGGAGGAGGAGGGAAGAGUCGGUGAAGGUCAUGGGGAAGGACUGCUGUCCAUCUUCCACCCUUCCAUGAGAGGGUGGGGUUAGAAAGAAUCCGCAUCGAAGAGAGGAAGCCGAGACCCCGGAGAGCAAGGCCUGUGUGCAGGCAGGAGCUGGAAUGGCACAAACUCCAGGAGAGACUCAGGUGCACAAGCAGCUGCUGAUCAAAGGCAGAUGUUUCCGGGGACACCGUGGAGGUUUAGACAGCAAGGGGCAGGUCAAGGAUUGGGUCCUCCAAAGCCCGUGGAGUGUCUGUGAAGAGCGAGGCUGCUCUUCGUAGUAAUAAUGAGUGCUGAAGACCACCUGCCAGCUUGCAGAGGGGAUCUGACUCUUCUCCCUGACCCAGCGAGAUGCGUAUAAAUGGUAAGAAAAGAAGUGAAGAAAUGUAAAUGAAGAGAGAGUGGGUUUGCUGAGUGAGAUGUGAGACAGAGAACACGCCAUUGCUCUCAUUAUGAAAGGCCGUCGUUGUAAUGCAGCGAGGUGAGAGUGACUCGGGUUCUUCUGGAAGGAUUGGUUCUUCAGUUCCAACGACGUGGCUGGCCAUUGUCGUGGGGGAGCUCAUUAGUGGCAAUUAUUUUCAGAGACUGGAAACCGAUUAGUAUGGACUCAGCCACUGGGGCCUUCUGAACAACGAUCGGGCACAGAGACUUUUAGUGUGGCUCAUUAUCUCAACCGCAUGGUUAGAGCAUUUGUGAAAAACUGUACAGAUUAAUCAUUGUUGUACAUUAGGACCAAUUCUAUUUGAGAUUUAGGGCUCCUAGUGCUGUGGAAAAAAAUAAUUUCACAAAAUGUUAACGUAAGACGCCGGCCAGAGCAUUACCAGUAAUAUCACACGCUUUGCCAUUUUAGCACAAGGUUAAAAUUAGAAAACCAUUUCUAGGAACAUGUUAGGACAAGCAUUUGCUUGUCUUCUACACAACUAAAAUCAUUAUUUUUGCGAUGGCAAAUAGACUUUCCAGAAUGUCAUUUUCAAAAGUUUACCGUGUUCCGCUUCUCUCCUGGUGUUUUUCACGGUAAGGCAGCUCAUCGGUGCCCAGCCUCGUGACGCUCUCCGUGCGCAGCAUAGCAAGUGCCUGGGAAUUUUGUAACUUUCUCAAUCGGUUUUCAUUUUCUAAUGCUCUUUUUUCCACCGUAUCAGGUUGCUUUAGUCUUGAGAGCUUAUGAGAGCAGAAAGCCUGAUCAUUGAGAGAGCCUCGGGUACCGCCCUGGCAGGCUGUGAGCAGGAGUGAGCAGGGGCUGGCAGGCUUGGCAGGCUUCGGGGAGGCAUCUGCUGUGACGGUGCUCUGGGCCAACUCCAUAACCACAGUUUUUGAUUCUGUAUAAAUUAAUGAGCACAAGUGAUGAGUUGCUUGAACAGUUCCUAAAUUGGGUGCCACCUUGGGUCUCUCAGUGACUUGCCUCUACUGGACGGUGGUGCCAAUUUAGCAGAUGCCAGAGUGUCUGGGUUUGUUUGAUUUCCCUUGAGUGUGUGUGCCUGUCUGUGAGGGUAGGUGUGCGUAUGUGUGCCCAAAAGGAGUAAGUAGUGAGAACUUUCUCACUAAAAGUGGGAGAUGAAGAGGAGGAGGAACAUGCAGGAUUACUCUUCUAACAUCAUUGCAAUCUGCUGUGUAAUUAAGAAAUCAUAAACUGAAAACAUAGUCAUUCUUUUUAGUAGAAGGAGCAUAACAAUGGCUAGGUAUCACUCCAUAAUCUAGCUCUCCACCUGAGCCACAUGUGCAGAGCGUCCAGAGGAUCUAAAUUCUUUCUGGCUGCCAUGAGAGCUGCCAGAGAUAACCAAUCAUCCAAAGAAGGAAAAUCUGCCAGGGACAGUGGCUCACGCCUGUAAUCCCAACACUUUGGGAGGCAGAGGUGGACGGAUCACCUGAGGUCAGGAGUUCAAGGCCAGCCUGGUCAACAUGGUGAAACCCUAUCUCUACUAAAAAAUACAAAAAUUAGCCAGGUGUGGUGGUGUGAAUGCCUAUAACCCCAGCUGCUUAGUAGGCUGAGAUAGGAGAAUCACUUGAACUUAGGAGGCAGAGGUCACAGUGAGCUGAGAUCGUGCCAUUACACUCCAGCCUGGGCAACAAGAGUGAAACUCCGUCUCAAAAAAAAAAAAUUAUAUUUUCUUAUUUUGGAAUGAAGAAAUAUGCAGGUAUGGAAAUUUAUGAGCAGAUUUGGUCAAUAGCUUUGAUUAAAUGAUUUCUUCGAGAUAAGAAUUAGUGAAAUCAACCAAUUUUUAAAUUACAAAAUAUUACAAUGAUCAGUUUAAACUUUGCCCCUGCCCUGAAUGAAUUAAUUGUUUUGACAACAGUGGAGCCCACAGGCCAUUCUUAGAAGCCAGGUAAAAGCCUGCAUUGGCAAGCUUGUGCCUCAAGUUGGGGUUAGAGUUGUCCUGAGUCACAUGCCAGCCAUAUCCUCUGCUGACUCCCAUGAGGACCCCAAAGGGCAGGAGUGACAGGGAGGAGCAAGGCCAGAUGGGGGACAGGGAGAUGGACUGGCAGAUACCUAGCUCCUCACUCUGAAUGGUUUCCCUCUAUCCAUUCCCUCUGAACAGUUUCUGAACUGUGGAACUCUCCCCUUCCCCUCCUCCUUGCAUUGAUGGGGAGGAGAACCAGGCAGAGAAGUGGUAGAGAGGGCAGGUUGUCCACGUGACCUUAAGUAUACUUGGGGCAAAAGCAGGCUAACUGUGCACACCCUGGAACAAAAUCGUUAGAAGAGAGAGCACUUUGCCCCAAACGAGUGCCAUUUUCAGACACUACAUCUCCCAAAUUAGCCGUGUCCUUGUUUCCCGGGCAGGCUGAGUUUCCUGCGCAUUGGAGGGGGUCGGAUUUAGCAGUGGAUAAAUCCUCCUCUUACUAGUAUAAUCUUACUAGUUAAGAUUCCAAAAUCAAGUGAGUAUGUCUGACGAUCUGCCUCUCCCUCCCCGUUACACACACACACACACUCUCUCUCUCUCUCUCUCUCUCUGUUCAUUCAUUGCUCUUCUUAUAUUUCCUCCCUACCUCCCUAACUUUGAUCAUUGACAAAUUUUUCUUUCGUAAGAAAAGACUUGAGGCAGUGUGCUUGGGCGAAACUCCCUUCCCUGUGAUCCAUCCAUGUCUUUGUGAAUAAUGAAUGGUGCCCUGUUCACUCGUUAGUAAUUACAACGGGCAAAGACGUGGCCUGAGACUGCCCCGUUCCCCAUUCUGUAAUGGCUUCUCAAGGCCUGUCUUCCCCCCAGGGCUGCCAUGAGAGCCUGGGGACUCCGUGGGAAUCAGGCUGCCUCUUGAGUCUUCAUGUUGUGCAUAUGAUGUCAGGGUUAGAAACCGACAUUUGACAAAAGCUGAGGUCCAAGGUCCCAAAAAUGUGUGUGAGUUCUAGUUGUCCUAAGAUGUGAGAGGACAGAGGGCUUGAGUCAGUGAAGCCUGAUGGAGAAGAAAGCCUGGAGGAGAGGAGGAUCGGGGGAAGAAGAGAGGAAGGGGGAGAACCCUCCCGGUGCCAUCACUGCAGGACGGAGGGUGGGAAACGCCGGCGGGGGACAGAGCACGGAGCAUCAGAGAGGAGCUGAAAGUGCUCAGUUAUCAAAAGAAGGCAGAAGAAAGGCAAGCAGCAAAGAGGAGAGAAAAGACAACAUAAAAAUUUAGACAUGGGUCCCUUUUGCCGAUAGAAGCCUUCCCAGUGCCUAUGGCAGCCACCUUCCCUGUGUGACCUUAGAUCCAAAUUAGAAACAGCCUCUGUUCUCUCUGCUCCCAAAUGUUUCUUCUGCUUGCCCUGCACUCCUUUCUUGGAAGUUUUUUUUAAGUAUAUAGGGGCCCAGGUUGGCCAGGGCAGGGGGUUAGGGAAGCAAAGGAACCAGAAACCUGUGUCCGCUGAAUUUCAGAGCAGAAAUAAGGGACUCUGCAGAAAAAAGCACGACGGAGAGCCCUGGAUACAAGCGAGGGUAUGGGAGAGAGAGCUGAGAAGGCGGAGGUCAGUUCUGUUUGAUCGCGCACUUGGGGAAGGCGGAAGGAGAAGGGGCCUGAAGAGAGGGAACUGACUGGCAGAGGACAAUCAUGCUGGGAAGAGGAGAGAAGGGAUGGGAAGGAGUGGGGAAAGAGCCUGGAUGGACCAGGGAACCUGCCUGCCAUCCUGCCAGCUUCCUUCCACACACCCUGAUGCACCUGAGACUGCCCUGGCAUGUCGGCAACUUCAGAGCAGGGGAAGGAGGAGAAUGCGGGCUUCACAGGAGGAGAAGCGAGGAGGAGCCAGGGACCUGGGUGCCUCAUGGAUUCUCAAUGCUGCCCACAGGAUCUGACCUGGGGGAUGAGAGCUCAUUAGCUCCAACUUGAGUUGACAACAAAGAGCUUCUGGGGUCUUUUAGGCCCCGUUGAAACAGGCAGAUCUUCUCCACAGUCAUGUAUAACGCAGGGAAGAGAACAGCAGUGUCCCUGCAGGUGCAGAGACUUCUGGCCUAAGACAGCAGAAUAAUCGUUCCUGGAGUGGGAGGGUUGGCUUGAUAACUGCCAUGAGCAGCAUCUCAUUUCACACUCGCUCAUGUCCCCAGAAUGUCCCUUGGUUACCAAAAAGGCCCUGUUCUCCUUCUACCUGCCCUCUCCUGAUGUUAGCAACGAGGAUUUUAGACGGUUGUCCCUGCAUCCCCACGUGUCACCCAGAGGCAGCUUUAGGCCGCCUGUCUGGGCUGCCCUUCGCAUCACUGGGAGUCGACCCCAGGUGCCUACCAUAGCCCCCUUGUCCUCAAGGGCAGCUGCCCCCUCUGUGCCCUGUUAACUGUGAACAAAUGCAUAUUUAGAGACAUAUUCUGCCACUUCCCAAAGGGACCAGCCACCACCUGCAUUCCUCGUCCUGGUUGAGUCUGAGUGCUUGCUCUGGGAAUCAAAGGUUUCACUGAGUGCAGACGGAGUGAUGCCUGGCAAAGCCUGGAAAUGGAAAGGCAGCUGAAGGGGUUUUGUAGAGAUGGGGAAAUAUGCUGGUCAGCAGUGUGGACGUCCGAGGAUAAUGACUUGUUUACAACAUCCCUGUGAACGAAGAACACAUGGGGACAGAAAUAAGCUACUCUCCAAGAGUCUUGUGAUGGGCUCCAUUUAUCUGACCCGUUGGGUUUCUAGAAGAGGACAGAAUGCUGCUCUGGUUCUCCUCCCUGGACAGCAGAGCUGGUGAACAGGAAACAGAUCACGGGGCUGAGUGGCUGGAGGAGCGAGGAUGCCCCUCACAUCGCCAGCUUCCCACACGGUCCUUUCCUCCGGAAACUGGCUUUGGGAGAUUGCAUGGUUUCUGCAGUGCCAGGGUUGGAGGGCUUUGGUUCCACGUAUUUCUCUCUGUAAGGCACCUGCUCUUGACAGGGGCUCUGUAGCCCCUGAGCCCACUGACAACUGUACUUGGCCCCCCACGCAGCAGACUCUUACCCAUCUCAGCAGCAGUCUUCUUGCCCUGGAAUUCCUGCUGCCUGUUUUAGGCUGCCUGGGCUGUCAUAACAAAAUUCCACAGACCGGGCAGCUUAAACAACAGACACGUGUAUCUCAGAAUUCUGGAGGCUGGAAGUCCAAGGUCAGGGUGCUGGCAGGUUUGUUUCUGGUGAGGUCUCACCUCCUGGAUAAUUUUGGGUGACACAAACAUUCAGUCCAGAUGCCAACCUCCUCAGGCCACCUGUGGCUUGGCCUGUGGCAGAAUUUGAGGCCGCUCACCCCUCCCUCUUCCUCAGUCCUUGGUUCCACAGGCCCUGGCUGCCCUCUGGCUGCCUCCUGGCCAGUUAGGAGCUCCUCUGGUGCUCAGACCUGAUUGGAUUUCCUGGUCCUACCCGAGUUCACCUUAUCUUCUCAUGAACACUUUCCCUGGACAGUUUAACCUACCACAGAAACUACUGCAUCGGCCACUGUCACCCAGAGCACAAAACACUGAGCGGCCGCAGAAGCCCCCCCAGCAAGGCUGCCGACUCAGGAAGAAGCGCACGUCCCAGUCAAUCGGAAGACUCCUCCAUCAGGCUUGCGAUUGCCUGAAGGUGGCCUGGCACAUGGCUGAUCCACCAUAGACGCUCGGAAAUAUCCAACUCAUCACAAAAUGGACCGCCCCCCCCCACCCCUGUGUGGUAUCCUGGCCACUUCCAGGCUGUGGGUGUUUCUGUGAAGGGAGGGUUUGCCACGUCACUCAGGCCGCCCAUCCUGGCCAUGAGCAGCCGCAGCUUCCAGGAUUUUACCUUGUUCAGUGCAUUUCUGUGAAGCUGUGCAUGUAAGAGGUCUGUUCUGUGGAAAUAUUUUCCAGAACGUUUCAUGCUAAGGAGGCCUUUAAUGUUGUAAAUAUUUAAACAUGCUUUGCAGCCGAUUGCUACAAUGGCUCAGCUCACAAAGCAUGCACAAAGCCUGCCUCUAGUGGAUGGUCCUGUGCUAUAUUCAUCAGCCUCUCUUUUUUAUUUUAUUGCAUUUUAGGUUUUGGGGUACAUGUGAAGAACAUGAAAGAUAGUUGCCUAGGUACACACGUGGCAGUGUGAUUUGCUGCCUUCCCCAUCAGCCUCUCUUAAACGUCUUCCCAAUUUCAGUUUAAACGCGUAUAUUUAUGUAACAUAUACAAUUAACUCUUAAAAAACUUGUACGGCUACUUUUUGUUGUGCAGUUCUAUGAGCUUUAAGACCUGGAUAGAUUGUGUGACCCUCAUCAUAAAUUGGAAUACGGAGCAGCCCCAUCAUCCCCCAAAAUCCCUCUCACUCUGCUUCCUUGAGAGCAAGCUGUCCCUCUGUCCCAGCCUCUGGCAGCCACAGACCUGUCUUCAGUCUCUGUAGUUUGGCCUUUUCUAGAACUUCAUAGAAAUGGCAUCAAGCAGUACGUAAAGAUUAGCUUCAAAGUGGAGAAUAUUGUUUACGUCCAAAUAUAGAGAAAACUGUAGACUCCUGUGGCAUUUUAAUGCCCGCGCAGUCUUGGUGGUUAGGGUAAUUUUGCUCUGAGAACUUUCUUGCUGUUGUGGUGAAAUAUGCAAUACUAGGAUAGACUGUAGAAGAUGCGCUUACUGAAUUCUCACCCUCAUUGUUAAAAACCCAGCAGACUUUAAUUACUGCGUCCCCUCUGUACAGGAUCAAAGUGCCCACCCUCAGAAAGUCUGAUGAGACAGAGAAGAAUGACUCACAAGGGUCAGGAAACACAGGCUGAGCGGGGGUGUCCCGGCCUGAAGCCCGUGGGCACUGCCAUUGGCCCUGGGCAGCCUUGGGGCUUCCUGUGCUAUUCCUUGGCCUCUCUUAAGGGUCUUCCGAAUUUCAAUUUUAAAACGUAUCUGCACAUAACAUAUAAAAGGUGUGGAACCCCCGCGCAGGUACAAACUCCACACAUGCUCAAGUGCCUUAUGUAAAAUAGUGUAGUAUUUCCCCAUAAUCCUAGAACACAUCCUUCCAUGUACUUUACGUCUUCUCUAGAUUACCUUUAAUAUCAAACGCAAUGUCAGUGCUAUAUAAAAAGCUGCUAUACUGUAUUGCUCGGGAAAUAAUGACAGGAAAAAAUCUGUGCGUGUUCAGUACAGAUGCGCCAUCCUCUCCUUCCCAAAUAUUUGUGAUCCUCAGUUGGUUGAACUCCUGGAUGCAGAUCCCACACUACUGAGGGCUGACUGUAAUUCCGAAGGAGGGGGCUUUGGGGUAGAGCCUACAGGAAACUGGAGGGGGCACUGGGGACUCCGAGGUGAAAAUGUCAGUUGUGAGCAUGGGAGAAAAGAGAGGAAGGCAGGAGAAGGCACUUCAGAUGGAAGAACCCCCUGAGUGCGGGCCAGAGGUGGGACGGGCACAGCGAGGGCAGGAGGAGGAGGAGAGCGUCCACCUGGAGCCGACAGUAUGUGCAGUGGAGGGGCAAGCAGGCAGCCCAAGGUGGGGCUAAAGUGUUAGGGGUUGACCCCUGCUGCCCCCAUCUUGGAGGGAGCUGAAUGGUUCCUGAGUGGAAGGCGAUGCCAGGUGAUAGGGUGAGGUGCCUUGUUGAGACCAGGCACCGUGGUUCAUGCCUGCAAUCCCAGCACUUCGGGAGGCUGAGGCAGGAGGAUCAUUUGACCUAAAAUAAUUGUUCUGUUGAACUUCUCGCCUUGAGACAGAGGAGUUUUCCCAGGAGGGCCAUUCCCUACCUGCUGGCGUCAGCCUCCAUCACCUUCCCUGAUGCCUGCUAGACACUUGCUUGUCCAGUCUCACGGUUCCAGGAGCUGUGUGUUACGGUUUUGGCCCCACAGACAGAGGGAGAAGUUUGCCGGAGGACCUGUGGGCAUCUUUGGCUCUCUCGCAAGAGGGACACAGUGUUGGCCCCUCUCUUCCCCACUGUCCUUGCCUUCAUGAAGCUGUGCUGCCCAGGCUGUCUGGGCAGGACACAGAGCGCAGGCCCUUGAUGGUGCCAUCUGUGUGUUGCUCUUGAUCCCUGUUCUCUAGAUUUGCUAAGCCAGAAAACUUAGCCCUAUUUGUCUAAGCAGCUGACCAUCGGGUUUUCCGUUACUUGCCACUAGAUGAGUCCCGAGUGGCUUUGCUCGUGCUGUUUCCUCCACCUGGAUCUCCUUCUCAACCUUGUGCCCCUGGUGAUCUCUUCCAUCCAGAAACUUAACUUCCGUCUAAGCAAGCACUUCCCCAGAUACCCCACGCAUCAAACGCAAUGGUUGCUUACAGGGCUGUGUCCCUUGUCAUAGAGCUGUGAGCCCCUCACAUGUGGGAGCUGUUCCUUACUUCUCUUUGCACCUGGAAGGUCAUAAAUGAUCAGCAACCAGUUGUUGAAUAAAUGAGAGAACAAAUGAAAUCCAUAGAAACAAGCAAGGGAAAAAUGGGACACGAUUUCAUCAAUUCUUCACAGCCUUUAUUCCAUCACAAGAGGACGUACAGGAUUGUUUAGGAUCUUGAGUCUAACACACCGAGAGGUGCUUUUGUUGUAUUUAUUUUCAAAGCUUCACCAUUAAUCCCUGUGGGGUCAGUGAGCACACGUGAGCACCACAGUCAGUCCUGCUGUGUUUAGGUGGACUCUGACCAGAGGCUGUAAGCUAUCAGCUCACUCCAUCUUGUCUGACCGAUGCCUUGGGUGGCUGCUUUGCUCCUAACUUGAGCUGAAUUGGAUGAUCUGCCCAGAAACUUGGAACCUUACCCCUCCCCCACCAUUCCCACUGUCCCUGCCUUGAUUCGGACUCCUCUCUUCCUGCUGGGACCCAUGCUGCAGCUUCCCACCUGCCCUUCCCUCCUGCAUGUCCCACAAGCCUGCAGCUGAGAAUGGUUCUGAGCAAGACAUGGCUUCAUGCAAAAUAUUGCACCUCUGCUUAAAGACAAUGAGAACACUGCCUGUUGAUUUUCGUUUCUCCAUCCCCAACUUCCCAUGCCCCAAAAUAGCAUCCUGGGACCAUAGAAAUGGAAUAGACCUUUCUUUUUUUUAUUUUUUUUUUUUUGAGUUGGAGAUGGAGGCUCACUCUGUCACCCAGGCUGGAGUGCAGUGGUACAAUCUCGGCUCACAGCAAUCUCAGCCUCCCGGAUUCAAACGAUUCUUCUGCCUCAGCCUCCUGAGUAGCUGGAACUACAGGCAUGCGCCACCGCACCUGGCUAAUUUUUAUAUUUUUAGUAGAGAUGAGGUUUCACCAUCUUGGCCAGGCCAGUCUCAAACUCCUGACCUCACUAUCUGCCCACCUUGGCCUCCCAAAGUGCUGGGAUUACAGGCAUGAGCCACCAUGCCCAGCCUGGAAUAGACCUUUCUAAGAUGACUCUGCCCAUCUCCCACUUUACACAUGAGGAAAGUGAAGUCCAGGAAGUUGACGUUGCCUCAUUCUAAAUCAUGUGACUCAUUAGCAGUAAGUCCAGCCUGUAGCCCAGCUUGUCACUAGGGCCGUUUUCUUCAUUACGUCACCGUGUCUCUUCCUCUUCACUGCCUGCAUGACUGUGUCUCGGCAGUCGGUGGAUACAGCACAACGGUGCCAGCUUGCCGUGUAUUACGAGGGGUAUCUGUUUCAGAUAUUCCAUGGGGACACUGGCUGGAGGCUUGCAGCAGAGUCCCAGGAGGCAGGACUGCCAUUAGCACUGGGCUUCGCAGACAUGCACCUGCAGCCCUCAGGCAGCACCGUCAAUUGUCAGGCGAGUGUGGCAGGCGUCAGGCAUCACAUCUGCUCACCCUGGUGAUAAUGCACAGCAGCUACCAGCAGGUCUCAGGCCGCAGAGCCACCGAGCAAGCCUUGCAGCCCCUGCUGCCAGCACGGGCUUGCUCCUUCAACACCGCUGGGGACAGGCACGCUGUCAUCAGGCCCAAGAAAUACUGCCUUCUCCAUCCUGUCCCUGGUCACUGGGUGCCCGCAGAGUGUCCCCACCGAGGAGGGAGGGCCUGGUUCAAAUGGCCUAUACUCAGAGAUGCGGCAGUGGACCACUUGAAUAUUUAACUCGUAAUCAUGGGAAGGAGUCUGGUUCUCCUGGAUUCCUUCACGAUUCUGCUGAGUGACAGUGUGAUGUUGGGAGACUGUAUCUUGAGAAUAUCAUACACUCUUGAGGUCUCCAGGAGCCUCCAAUUAAACUGUUUUCCUGGCUCCUACAGUGACAAGUAACCCUUAUCCUGGGUUCCUCAUUACUGAGACUUCUUGCCUUUUUCGUCAGCUUAUGAUUUAUUCUAGGACUUCCUCCAAUAGCUUAUACUUCACUGUCUACCUCAGUCUCAGGACGCUUUAAAAAUGUUCAGCUAAAUAAAAGAGGUAGUUUUCCCUGGAAACCAAAAAUCCACGGGCCUCACUGAAUUAAUAAUUUAUGUACUUCUUAAAAAAGGUUUUAUUAAUUAAAUCAAAUUUUCAUUGCAAUUUUAAAAUAAUCUUGUGGUCUUCCCCCAUGUGGCUGACAUUAACACUCACCCUUAUUGUCCUGGGAGUUCUGAUGUUCAGUUACCUGCUAGCUUGGUGGAUAAACAUUUUAUUAAUGAGCAGGAGGCUUGUUAAAGUGUGAUAAAUUAGGCUUUUCUUUCAAGGCAAUUGAUCAGUGGAAAAACAGAAUCUGGAUGCUAAAAUCUGUGCCCAGGUGGACUAAUUUACCCCGUUUCCUUGAGCCGUCAGCUGAGUGUGUGUUCCUGGGUUUGUUGGCUGCAUUUGCCUAAUUUUUGUCUUGUGAUUUCAUUGAUUGGUGGAGUCGAGAGGGUGUGCUGACAACUUCUGCUCUUGUUGGAAAUAUUAUUUAGAAACCCUGACCAUGCCCUGCAUUACUUAUGCUUGUGAGGAGUACUAAUCAAAUGCCAUGUGAGCAGGUGCCUGCCAAGGCUGCCCUACUCGACAUUCCUCAGCAUGAAUGUAUGCUUCUUCAUGUGCUGAUUUUAACAUCAGAUUUCGUUCACGGUAGCAUCGAAUUUGGGAAUUGAAGGAAUAUUGACAUGUACCUGGUCAGUGUCCAUCACUCCAUCUCAGGAGCAAGUGUUCCUUGCUCUCAUGACUUUGCUCUGGUGAUACAGAAUUCAUGUUUGUAGAACACCCUCUCCCCAGACUGGACAGUUCUGGCUUUUAAAAAGUUCUUCAUUAGCUGAUAUAAGUCCGCUUUUCAAAACUUCCCAUCUGCUGAAUCUCAUUCCACCUUUUACAUAGCAGUGCCUGCAGUAUGCUCGUAGCAUGGGCCAUACUCACACUUAAUAAAACGAGUGCAUUCUCAGCAUUGUUAUGUUUGCAUUAGAAAGAGAAGAACUAGGCUUAACAAAUAUGCCUUUAUUUACUAAUAAGGUAGAUACCAUUUUUUUUUUUUGAGACGAAGUUUCACUCUUGUUGCCCAGGCUGGAGUGCUGUGGUGUGAUCUCGGCUCACUAUAACCUCCACCUCCUAGGUUCGAGUGAUUCUCCUGCCUCAGCCUCCUGCGUAGCUGGGAUUACAGGCAUGUGCCACCACGCCUGGCUAAUUUUGUAUUUUUAGUUGAGACAGGGUUUCUCCAUGUUAGUCAGGCUGGUCUUGAACUUCCGACUUCAAGUGAUCUGCCCACUUCGGCCUCCCAAAGUACUGGGAGAGACGGGUUUCUUUAGGAGAGACAAGAUUUCUCCAUUUUGGUCAGGUUGCUCUCGAACUCCCAACCUCGGAUGAGCUGCCCACCUUGGCCUCCCAAAGUGCUGGGAUUACAGACGAGAGCCACCACAUCCAGACAAUACUAUUUUUUACUCAAACCAAAAAAGUCCAUUCUGCAAGUAAGUGAUUAUUGACUAUCCACUGUAUCCCAGGUCAUAAUGAUGGCCUUGACAAGGGACAAGAUGGCCACAGUCAGUGUCACCCACUGGACGACAGUGAUGGGGGUGGUGAACCAAGCAGUGUGGAGCCAGUGUGCUGGGAGGCAGCAGUGAGGGAAGCAAGCUUAGCCUAGAGAGCAAAAUCAACCUGUGAUGAGUUGUGCCUUCCUUUAAGCAUCGUGGCAUUCGUUGUUGGCAUUGAGGUUAUAGAUCAGUGGUGCAAAGAUGGGACCACAAGGGCCAUUGGAGAAGAAGGAAGAGAAGUCCAUGACUAGAAACUGGAAGGACGGCCACACGGUCCCCCUCUGAUUCUUUAAUUCGCCACAGCAUAUGCCCACAGUGAGUUCUUAAAUUGCAGAGGGCUUUUAGUACCAGAAAUGAGCUCUUGCUAGAGAUUUAAGAUGUAGUCAAAUCAUGGGGUUAGCCCUAAUGAUGGCAACCGAUGGUGAUGAUGAGAGUUGUGAUGCGGCUGGGGAUCAUGAGAAGGAUGACGAAGAUGAAGAAGAAGACAGCAGUAGCAAGGACAGUGGUGAAAGCCUGCUAAUUAUGGUGCUGACGAGGCCAGAGAUAAUUACGGUAGUGAUAAUGAUAAUAAUCCCAGGAGGACUUACUGUCAUUAUUUCUCAGUGGCUUCUCUUUGGGAAGAGAGUGAGAUAUUUAAAAGUCUGAAAGGAGACAGGAACAGGGGGCGUGCAGCUCCUCAGAUCUGUGGGUCCCGCCCAGCUGCACACUGGGAGCGAAAGUAUCAAGAUUAAGGGCUAUGCUGUUUCAGCUGCAUUUCCACUGUCUAAAUAUAAACAGCCUCAGGCCCUGAUCCAGCAGAGGAGACCACAGCUGCCAAAUGCAUCGCCAGCUGCAGGCCCUGGCUGGGCUUAUUUAGAGGGAAAGGCCGUCCUGCCAUGGACAGAUUCCAAAAGGCAUGAGCCUGUGAAUAGAAUUUGAGGUUCAAGGAAUGCUAGACCAUGUCUCUGUGCUCAGGGUCACGGAGCGAGUCCGAAGGGAGCAGGAUGAGGACAUGGGUGCCCUGCCUCCAGGAGCUGUGCUCUCUGCUGGUGCAGACAAGGGCCUGGUGAGACAGUAGACCAGCGGUGGCUACUGCAGUGGUGCCACCUGCAUAGGAAGACAAGACUCUGGUGGGGAUGGGCAGGGGCCAGGCUCCCUGUGCUCUUGCAGGCACCCAGCUCCAGUGGCCCCUCAGUCCCAGCUACUGAUGGACUUUGACAUCUGAUGAAAGGAUCUGCUGUUAUCCCACCUGUGGGUUAAUGGUGCCAUCAUCAGUGCCAGAUAAGCCAUGACUAGUACCCUUAUUCAUUCUGGCUUAAGACUCUGCUUGUUUUGACUCAGGGAGAGAGAGAAAUGGAAGAAGAAGAAGAAAAAGAUGCAUUUAAAACCUAUUACCAAACUAACACAGUGAACACAUGAGCUGUCAGCCUUUUGAUUCCCUCCUGAUCCUCGCCAGUACGUGUUCAUUUAUCCAGCGCUGGCUCACUCAGCCCUGAACAUGCACCAGGCACUCUUACAGGCACAGGGAAUCCUGCGGUGGACAGAACCGAGGAAGCCCCUGUGCUCACGGAUCUUACAUACUGCUGGAAAGACCGCCCACACAUAAAUGUGUUUAUCACGUCACGCAGGACACCUGCUCUACAGGAAAGUGACGUAAGGAAAAGGACAGGGAGCAAAGGGGAGUGUCUGGGGGAGGACAGCACGGACGGCCUUUCAAGGAAGUCACAUGGAAGCAGCGGCCCAGCAGACGCAGGACAAGGUCCUGUGAUCCGAGGAGGGGUCUCAGGGCAGCGGGACAGCGAGCAGGCCAGCGUGGCCACAGUGCAUGGUGUCCAGGAUGAGCAAACGGAAUGAUGUUUGAACAUGUCAUCCGGGAAACUGCACACAGAGCCAGGCUCACAGCCGCUUUUCCCCAGCCCAUCUUAAUUCCUCUGUUACCAAAGCACCCUCAGUACGGUCUCACAAACUGAGUGACAGAGGACGGCAAACACAGCUGACACCCCCGAUUGGCAGGCUGGCUGAAGGGUGUUGAAGGAAAGGCAGAAAUACCUGGUAAUCCUUGCAGGCGUCACCCAGGCUGCAGGCUGGAGCCGUCGCGGGACAAGCAGGAGGCUGGAACAGAGCUGGCAUGGGAAGGAGUGCACAUGCCAUCAGCUUUCCAGGGCUCACGUUUAUUGUGUCAUGUCAGCAGCAGGCUAGCACCUGACAGGUGUUACAGAUACUGCAAAUUAAUCACAUUCUCAUACCAAUGGUCGCAUUUACAUCAGCACAAAUGUAGUUUACCGCACUCUGAGAAUCAGGGAUUAGUAGCUCCGGUCCAGCUAGAUUCUUAUUUCCUUGGCAGUAGGAAGACAGAACAGCACACAUCUUGAUAGAUUAAUCAUACAUUUUGCAUUGUUAAUAAUUCCGAGGCCAGGGAAACUACCUUCCUAGGAUCACAGAACUGACUUUCUUUUCUAUGGAUCUUUGAAAAACCAGACAGAUGGGAUUUUACCUGAAGAGUUAUAUUGUGCUCAUAUGAUGUGCUGUUGAAAUUAUGACUUGGUCUCACUUAGAUGCUGGACUAGUGAUUACCAACUCUAGCAAGCUCUUUAUUGAGAAUCUUAGGGCAUGCACAAUUGAAAAAAACAAAAAAAAAGUCAGCCAGGCAUGGUAGCUUACUCCUGUAAUCCCAGCACUUUGGGAGGCCAGGGUGGGUGCAUCACAAGAUCAGGAGUUCGAGACCAGCCUGGACAACAUGGUGAAACCCCAUCUUUACUAAUAAUACAAAAAAUUAGCCAGGCAUGCUGGCAGGCGCCUAUAACCCCAGCUACUGGGGAUGCUGAAGCAGGAGAAUCUCUUGAACCUGGGAGGCAGAGGUUGCAGUGAGUCAACCACAGCAUUCUAGCCUGGGCAACAGAACAAGACUCUGUUUCAAAAAAAAAAAAAAAAAAAAGUCAUAUGUCAUCUCUUUUUGAGAGGUUGCCACCAAUAUGUGUCUAAAUAUGACGAAAAAAGAUGCAUCAUGUGCUGAGAAGAAUGGGCUUCAGCCUCAGAUCCCCAGUCUUUCUGCCAGCUCUGGAGCAGGGGGAGCUCCUGGCUGCAUCUGAGGAGUCAGUCCCCGGAACCUGGGCCCUUUCCUCUGUUCUAGGCACUGUGGGGAGCUCAAACAAAAGAGGAACAAACUUCCUGCUGCUCAGAGACCCAAGUCAUACUCACCAAUGAUUAAGCUAGUGAAGUGGAUGGCAUUUUCACAGCUAGGUCAUGUAAUACAAUUAUAUAUUGUCAUCGUAAAGCUUUUGAGAGCAAUUUAAUAGUUAAUAACAUCCUAAUGAUAUGAUAUGAAUAAUCUGUGCUCUGAAAGCAGCCUAUAUAUAGGCAGAAGAAC